AGGUUCUGGCUGUCGCGCAGCAUCGCCGACAGGACUCGAGAGACAUUAUCUGCCAUCAUACCAUGGUAAAACUCUGGGCUAGACUUGCUCCCUUUGAACAAGCUCGCGCUCAAUGUUGAACUUGAACCAGCUGAUGACCCGCCGCCACGCCAGCGUCGAUGCAGCCGAAAAUUUGUCCAGAACCUGCGUGUAUUCCUUCUCAAUCUCCAUACGGCGCGUCCAACGUCCGCAGAUGGAGUUCCAAGUAGAGAUCCCAAAUGAGAGGCGAGUGCCUGCACUUGCCUUUCACUGCCUCUUCCAGAUACCGUUUGGCCAGUCCCACCGCUUGGGACUUGCCUGUGCGCAGAUCAAGACACUGAACAGGGCGGAUGCGGAUAUCGUCAUCUACACGAAUGCGUGGUACCCGCCUAAGCACACUCAUUGCGGUUUGGUACACUGCCUUGGCGGAAGCGACCUCGCUCAAGUCUUCGUUAAUCGGCGCAACAGCUUGGCUCAUAUUGACCCUGGCGGGAAUCGCGCUUGGGUCGUCGUUAUGCUCCUCAUCGGACUCAGGAUCCAAGUAUGAGUUGGCAUCGGCACCCAUCGGAGAUGAUUUCAUUGCCCGCCGCGGUGCAGUAGCGGAGAUGGACCGGCUUAGCGGAUGGCAACUCUUCGUUAGGUCCCAAAGAAGACACCCAAGAUGUCGUGGUUCAGCAACGGCUGGGUCACUUUGUAGCUGUCAAUCUUUUUCUUCAGCGACUCGAAUGAGUUCAGGCUCCACGUCGGUUACCGUUGCAGGGGUGCGGUCAAUGGUGAAGAUACUGUCCUCUGCGGGAUAAUCCAGGGUUUGACGCAAGCGAGCUUGCCGCAAGCCAGUCAGCAAAAGGGUGGUAGGGUAUUGGAGUCGAUUACAGAGAGGUCCAGUGCUGCCGGCCGCGGCUGGUUGGUA